AUGAGGUUCUCCUCACUGUUUCCGCCUGGCAAUGUCUCACUCCUAGGGCCAUCGCAUCUACUUUCCCUUCUUAUCGUUCCUUUAGUGCAAUCGACGCUCUUUACCCCCGUUCCUUCUCCACAGCUCGACCUUGGACCCCUUGGUCGAAUCACCCUGACGGGUAAUUUCGAUGCGAUUUCGUUAUUUACAUUUCAACAACAGAGAGACGAAGUGCUUGCAGUUUACAACGGUUCCCAGUCCCAGUCGCUCAUUGCGCCGUUGCCUAAUGGCGGCCUUGCCCCCAUAUCCUCUGCCGACGCGGACAUCUUAGCCCUGUGCCCAUUAAAAUCGAAAGAUGGGGCAUUGACCGCUCUUGUCGUAGGAGGUAACUUUACUAGUCUAGGAGGAACUGAGUCUCAGGCCCUUGCGCUGUUCGACACGCAAUCAGGAAAAGUGUCCGCGAUUCCCAAUUUGUCGGGUCGAGUUUCUGCUUUGCUCUGCGAUUCCGAUAAAGUUUAUGUUGGCGGCGAUUUUAAACGAUCAAACUCUUCAAAUGCUAUUUCUUGGUCUCGGGACUCUGGAUUUUCCAACCUUCCUUUCGGCGGCUUUAAUGGACCCGUGCUUUCAAUCAUUAAAGGCCAAGGGGAUAAAGUUAUAUUUGGAGGUUCGUUCGAUGGGCUCGGAAACACAACAACACCGUCUCUCAAGGAUCAGCAGAUGAUCAAUUUGGAAACCGCUGAGAUAUCCGCCGGUGGGAGCAACAUUCGACCAGGGCUUGGUGACCCCCGCAAUAUUGUCUGUAAAGCCUCAAAACGAGACGGUGAAGGCACCACAUGGCUUCUUUCGGAUCAGCAGGCCGGAUUUUGGAAUGCUCAGAUGAAAUUCGGAUAUCAGCCUACGAAAUUGAGACUUUGGAACACCCGCUUUGAAGGACGUGGGACCAGAACAUUUCGAUUCAUCGCGUUACCCGACUCCGGAAUUUUAAACCUUACUUACACUGACCCAAAGACUGGUGCAGAAAUGGCAUGCGACGCCAGGUGCCCGCUGUCAGACGAUCCAGCAGAAGAAUUUCGGGACUUUCACUUCGUCAAUAUUGUCGGAAUGAGCGGUUUUAGACUUGAGAUCAUUGAGUUUUAUGGCCAAGGCGGAGGGCUGAAUGGCAUCGAGCUCUUUCAAGACGACAUCUAUGCAUAUGCCGUGAACAGUUUUAAUGAACCAACUUGUGCUAAUAUUCCAUUUGCCUCAUCAUCUACUAACACUGGAAGUUGGACUGUGAUUCCAGAUCGCCAAAGUUCUGAUUUUCUCAGUGCACAAGUUGAUUCAUUGACAAGUGCUUCUACGUCCGUUUCAAUGUUUCCAGACAUCAAGCAGUCCGGUAACUACUCAGUAACAAUUUUCACUCCCGGAUGUAUCAAAGAUGGAACUUGUGCCACCCGUGGUAUUGUUAAUGUCACCGGUAACUUUUUUGCCCAAUCAGACAGCCCUGUUCAAACUUUCAUUCACCAAACCAAUAACUUCGACAAGUAUGAUCAAAUUUAUCUAGGAAGGGUCGACGCUGGGAAUGGUAACUUUCGACCUCGAGUUACAGUCUCCGCUCAGACAGGUCAAGGAACUAUUAACGUUGUUGCCUCUCGAGUUCGCUUUCAAUUGAUAUCAUCUACUGGAGGUCUCAAUGGCUUAUAUGAAUAUGACCCGAAAGAAAAACAGUCAAGCACUAAUUUUUCCUCUUCCGCUGUUAAUAGGGCGGGAACUGAUCUUGGUCGCGGGGCAUUGGUCGACUCAUUGAUAUAUGUGGAUAAUACCCUAUUUGUGGGCGGUAACUUUUCGAACUCAACUAUCCACAAUAUCCUGUCUCUUCGUGAUGGCCGCGCAUCUGGUCUGAACGGUGAAGGCUUGAACGCGGCGGUAACUUCGUUGAUUUCCCUCGACAAUGUGGUAUACGCGGGGGGGAAUUUUACAGACUUGUCAAAAGGCGGGAACUCCAGAUUGCGACACGUUGCAGCCUACACACCGUCAGACGAUACUUGGCUGCCUUUAGGUUCGGGCGUUAACGGUAUCGUACGUACUCUUGUGCUUCUUCCCGUGAAUGUCUCGUCUAGUAGAGUGGAAACAGCCAUCGCCGUGAGUGGUGAUUUCUCCCAAAUAGAGGCUUCAGACGGGCGUCGAGCUAUACCUGCCAAAGGGUUUGCAGUUUGGGUCCCAUCUAGAAAGAAAUGGCUUCAAGAACUGGAUAUCAAUCAGAUGGCUUAUGCGGGCCAACUUACAACGUCUAUCCUAGAAAGAAAUGAUACAAUACUGGCUGGCACGCUUGCAUCCGGCGGCAUCUCAUCCCAUGGUGCUGUUGCCCUGACGGAUAAGAAUGGCCUUGCCCUCCAACCCCUUCCCGUUAAAAUCCAGCAAACAUCUGGAUCAUCAUCGGGAAGAAAACGGGCUGUGUUGAAUCGAGAUGGAUCUCAGUCUGUAACUACCGGUUUGUUCGAUAAGGGCUCCGGGCGCAAUAACACGAUCUUAGUUGGCCAUUUCACUGCAAUGGCAUCGGAUGGCUCCGACAUUAACAACGUCCUUCUCAUUGAUGGUGCUGAUGGUGACAAGGUGACUGGACUCAAACCUGGCAUUCAGUCCAAUUCUACAUUUUUAUCUGCCGCGGUACAUCGAGACUCCCUUUUCCUAGGCGGCAAAGUAACAGGCCGUGUUCGUUCAUCAAAUACCCAGGGACUUGUCGUUUACGACCUCGCAAAGAAAGACUAUCUUGAACAACAACCUGGACUACUAGAUGGUAGCAAUGUUGUUAUUAAUUCUAUUUCUCCACGUCCAGGAUCUGAUGAUAUCUAUGUUGGUGGCGAAUUCGAUACUGCAAGCUCUCUACCAUGCCCCGGUGUGUGUACUUUUCAAACAGGCCCCUCGCAGUGGGUUCGGCCUGGAACAAACCUUCAAGGGGCUAUUUCUUCCCUAAUAUGGGCCUCAAAAGAAAAGCUCAUUGCUGCUGGAAAUAUAACCGUUGGGGGAAACAGAACAACGCUUGCAAAUUUUGAUGCGAAAACACAGACUUGGUCCACAAUUACUGGGAAAUCUUCCGAUUUAAUUACCGGUCCGGUUACUGCACUCGGUCUUGCUAGGCAAGACGGCUCUCGGUUGUGGGUAGCCGGCAAGUCUGCAAGCGGUUCGACAUUCCUCGUGUACUACGAUGGUACAGAGUUUCGCUCCCCAGGCUCCCUUUUUGGUGAGCAGACGACGAUUCUUGGGCUUCAAAUACUUGGACUUCGCGAAAACCACGAGGAAACCCCAUUUCUUGAAAGAAGACAAGCGCUGCUGUUAACUGGCCAGAUUCAAUUGCCGAGGUUUGGUAUGGUUUCUGGAGCGAUUUAUAAUGGAACAACAGUAGAGCCUUUAAUCUUAUCCAGCACUUCGGAUGGCAAACCAGGAAGCAUUAGCGGACUGUUCUCUGAGAAUGAAAUCAAAAUCAGUGGCAGCCGUCAAGGGCUUUCCAGGGGCAUUGUUGUACUCAUUUCCUUCUGUAUUGCGCUUGGUUGCAUAUUCUUAAUUGUUCUUAUUGGCAUCAUUCUUGGCCGUAUCCGGCGGCGAAGACAAGGAUAUGUCAGUGCUCCGCAAGGCAUGGACCGGAAACCAGACCUUAGACGUUUGCCUCCCGAGUACCUUCUUGACUCUAUUCGUCAACGUGCGCCUGGCGUUCCAGCGAUCUAA